AUGUUCAAUCGUAUAUUCAUUUUGAUCUGGCUGAUUACUCGCAUUCAACAAAACUCUGCGGUUCUACCAAGUUACGUGCAUGUACAUACGCCUGCUGAGAUCAUGGAGAUAAACUAUGUUGUUUUGCAUCAAGUCAGUCUAUGUGAAGAUUCUCAAUAUGCCGACAGUCAAUUAUUUAUUGCAAUUAAAUCAGCAGUAAACAAUCUUAAUCAGCGAGAAUUAGUUCGACAGACAUGGUUACCUGAAGUAAUACGCUACCGAAUUCCAUACGUGUUUAUGUUAGGAUCAACAAAUGAUGAAGAGAUGUUCGAAAAACUUCUUGUCGAAAACAGAAACUAUCAUGAUUUGAUUAUAGGAAAGUUUGUCGAUGAUUAUUAUAAUUUAACUUUAAAAUCAAUCUUUACAGUAACUUGGGCUAGCGUGCAUUGCUCAAGUCGAUGGCUUCUAUAUGUUGAUGAUGAUGCUAUCAUCAACAUACGGAAUGUUAUACGAUUUUUCAAUACUAAGAAAGACGUGUUAAACUUGAAUAUUUUCUGUAACAAAGGCGUACGUCAGGUGCACCGAGAAGUUCAGAACAAAUGGUACGUUCCGGAGUCAGUAUGGUUAGACGAAAAAUUUCCCGAGUUCUGCUAUGGAUCGGGUUAUUUGAUUCCGUCGGAUGUAUUAACUGUAUUAUCAUCGACUUUAAUUAGUAAUACUACAACACCAAAAUUGUGGUUAGAGGACGUGUUUGUAACUGGCAUUGCGGCGAAAGCGGCGAACAUUAAAAUCGUAUCCACCGGAUUUGUAUGUUGUCAAGUACGCAGUGCACGUUUGUUCAAGGAGAACAUGGUGCUUGGUCAAAUGGGAAAGGACAAGAAAUUUCUCGAGAGCUGGAAAGCUGUUCAGAAGAAAUCAGCUUUAGCCAAGAAAAGUGAACCUCGCCAUCCCGUCAUCAGAAAUGGCGGCUCAGUUUUUCAAAGGAAAGGACUUUUAAUGAGUAGACCGAUAGAAAAUCAUGCAAGAUUACGAAACUUCAUACAAUCCAUGAAUGGUAUCAAUUCAAGAAAUCGUGCUUACUUAUGGUAUACGAUUCUAGUUAUACUGAUAGGUGUUAUGUUAUAUUUAGGAUUCUCGAGAAAGUUGUAUUGA